AGCAGAGAGAGGAGGACCCUCUGCUGCAGGAGGAGGAACUGGGAUAUUUAACACCGGGGAGAUACGACUGAAACCUCGGCAAUAAAUCCUGAAUUACUGCUGGGAUCGGAUCGAGUCUGUGGGAAUAUUGAUCCGAAAGAUUAGAGACGCAAAACCCGCAGGAGAUCCGGGAAUCAGACACACGGGUUUGGACAGAUCCCGUGCAACACCUGGUGUACCCCAGAAUUAUUGUAACAGCCGGAGGGUUUGUGAAAAUGAGAGGCGUUGUGCUGUUGUGUCUCCUGAUGGCGGCGGAAGCCGGAGCCUCCAGGUUGGUCCGUGAUUCCCAGAGCGUCCCCGACCCCUUAGAGACCUCCAAGGGCAACGUGUCUGUCCAGCUUCCACCCCCUCAGCCGGGCCGCCCACGGAGCCCUUUCCCCCCCAUGUGUUUGAAGCAAACAGAGAUCAAACAUGCCUUCAAGUAUGUGAACACCAUCAUUUCCUGCCUGAUCUUUGUGGUGGGGAUCAUUGGCAACUCCACGCUGCUCAGGAUCAUAUACAGGAACAAGUGCAUGAGGAACGGGCCCAAUGUUCUGAUUGGCAGCCUGGCCCUGGGAGACCUGCUUUAUAUAAUCAUUGCCAUCCCCAUCAAUGUGUAUAAGCUAAUAGCUGAGGAUUGGCCGUUUGGUGUGUAUGUCUGUAAGCUGAUGCCAUUCAUCCAGAAAGCCUCAGUGGGAAUCACCGUCCUCAGCCUGUGUGCCCUCAGCAUUGACCGCUACCAUGCUGUGACUUCAUGGAGCAGAGUGAAGGGGAUGGGGAUCCCACUGUGGAAGGCGGUGGAGGUGACCCUGAUAUGGAUGGUUGCCGUGGUUCUGGCCGUCCCAGAGGCGCUGGCGUUUGACAUGAUGGAGAUGUCAUACAGGGGGAACAAGUUGCGCAUCUGCCUACUGCACCCAGAGCAGGCCACUAGCUUUAUGAAGUUCUACCAGGAAGUUAAAGAUUGGUGGCUGUUCGGCUUCUAUUUCUGCCUUCCUCUGGCCUGCACAGGGAUCUUCUACACCCUCAUGUCCUGCGAGAUGCUCAGUCGCAAGAAAGGCAUGCGGAUCGCACUGAACGACCACAUGAAACAGAGGAGGGAAGUGGCGAAGACGGUCUUCUGCCUGGUGCUGAUCUUUGCAUUCUGCUGGCUGCCCCUUCAUCUCAGCCGUAUUCUGAAGAAAACAGUCUAUGAUGAAAAUGACCCCAACCGCUGUGAGCUGCUCAGUUUCCUUUUAGUGAUGGAUUACAUCGGCAUCAACAUGGCCUCUUUAAACUCCUGCAUUAACCCAAUUGCCCUCUACUUUGUCAGCCAGAAGUUUAAAAAUUGUUUCCAGUCUUGCCUAUGUUGCUGGUGCUACAGAACAUCUCCUCUGGACGAUCGGUGCUCCGGGAGUCACCUCAAGCGAUCGUGCAAUGGGAACGGACUGGAUCGCUCUAGCUCCCGCUCCAGUCAGAAAUACACCAGCUCCUCAUAAACACACACACACAUACACACUCACUCCACUUUCCAACAACAUAACCCACAUUCCCAUCAGCCUUCCCACCAGGAGAAACAGCGGCGUCACUGCCAACAUACAGACGAUCACGUCCGAGUCAGGAGUGGGAAACGGAGCUGGGUGGAAGUCAUUCCCUCUCAGACUGAAAGACUCAUCGGUCAAAACUACAGGGCUGUUCCUGUUCAGGCCGUUAUAAAUCAUGCAAAAGCUGCCAAAGCCGGUGACACGUGUUUGAGGCUGGUCCAGAGGACACAAAGCCUUUCGGUGGACCCAAAAGGUAAUGCAUCUGUAGAGCACGUUAGCUCAGGCCAUUUGUAAAUCAAUGUACAGGGUUAUUUACAUGUAGAAUACAGACUUUUGCCUAUAUAUAGCCACAGUGCUUCAUGUAUUAGUUAGCACCGAUCAGCCUUAUUGGUGACAUUUUAUUACAGCUUGGGGAAACGCUCAAGAUAAACUGUGACGCUGAGUCAUUUGAGACUCAAAGGACUGGAGCCUUUGGGAGUCUGCAUCUCUGAGGCACCAGUCGCUGUUGAGAUAACAAAGACCAGCUGCUGCUUAUCUGGCAAACACGUAGUCGGUGCACAAAGCUCCAAUGCAAUGUCCAAUAGAUCUCCUGGCAAAACGUUCCCGACUGUGAAACUCACAGUCAUGUGGAGAAAUGUUCAGUGAAAGUCUUUAUCUUUAUUUAAGUCAUAAGGGGGCUGCUUAUGUCGAGGAAAACAAGAAAAGAAAAACACCAUAUGAUCCUCAUCAUGCAUCGUGUAUGAAGCUAUUCCUGGAUUCUAUUUUUCAAUGAAUGUAGGAUAAGGAACGUGGUAGGGAGGUGUUCAGUUGACCUUUUCAAAUGUUCCACCUCAGUCAGAAAGAGCUCUUGUUGCAAAGAGACUUCAUCGGUCAGAAGUUGCUUCUGAUGUUUUUUUUUGUAGUUUUGCUAUUUAAGAAAGUGAAAGACUGAAAGUGUAUACAGCUGACUGGGUGUUUUAAAGAGACUGUGUUCCUUUAACUAUAUUAUUGCAAUAAGAGCUACAGAUUUGUCCCCGGUGGUGCCUUGCAGCAGGGUGAUUGACUUUGUCUUCUUUUUAAAAAACACAAUUGUUUAUUUUGUAAUUAUCUGAACCUGGGAGUCCAACAGUUCAGUUGAAACCAGAUAUUUACAUGAAUUGUAUAUUAUUGAUGUUUCUAUACAGAAAUAUGAAAGCACAUCUAUUUUAUUUGCCUGAAAUUACAACAGAUUAAUCACUGCCUUUCUAAGAAUUACAAUAGUAACCUUAUAUUUUUACCAAAUGAUAAUUCUUUCUUUUUGAUGUUGUUUUUACCUUCUAAAAUCCGAAUUUUUCUAAUGCUUAGUAGUCCUAAACUGCAGUACUUUGGGGGAAAAAUCUUGGUAUCCUUUCAAAAGCUUCUGUCAAUGCUUUGCUUGAUUUUUGUCCCAUUCCUCCGAACAACCUUGCUGUAACUUAGUCGGAAAUGUUGCUCCAUUUUGUUCACACACAUCUAAGUUCUGCCAAUUAAUGUUCUACAGCAGGGGUCUUCGAUAUUUUCCAGGCCAAGGACCCCAAAACUGAUGGAAAAUGGAGCGGGGACCCCCUAAUUUCAUAUAUAUUGAUGAAAUUGUGUUAUAUCAAACUGGUCCUAUAGUCACUCUAUUACAGAUGGAGUAAUGUAACAAAAGUAAUU